GGGGUCCUGCGCCUUCUCCUGCCCGGCCUGGCAGGCCGCCCUGCUCCGACUCCAGCAAAAGCCGCGUGCGAGAGGUCCUGGCGUCCGGCAGGGCUGGCUGAGCAGAAGUCCGGAGGAAGCCGAGCCGGGGGCGGGGGCGUCACGUCCUGUCAGGCCGCGGGGUGGCCAGGCCAGCAGUCACCUCGGGAGGCGCCCAGGGCUCCACCACGGGGCGACAAUGCCCGCUCUGCACAUCGAGGAUUUGCCAGAGAAAGAAAAACUGAAGAUGGAAGUGGAGCAACUUCGUAAGGAAGUCAAGUUACAGAGACAGCAGGUGUCUAAAUGUUCUGAAGAAAUAAAGAACUAUAUUGAAGAACGUUCCGGGGAGGAUCCUCUGGUGAAAGGAAUUCCAGAAGACAAGAAUCCCUUUAAAGAAAAAGGCAGCUGCGUUGUUUCAUAAAUGACUCCAAGGAGAAACUCUCUCCUCAAAAGCAGAGCACAAUUGUUUAAUUUCCACCAAGUCAACUUUGGGCGUCUUUUAAAGAAGGAGAAAGUCAACCUACCGGCGACUCUCAGGCGCGGAGCUUCCGUGUCAUGGCACAUUUGCUUUUCCUCUUUUUGCUCACUACACACCCUUUCAGCAUGCAGCACGUCUGCUGUAGCACAAUUAUGGAAUUAAGGACAAUAUCGUGUAUGACUCAGCUCUUCCAGUAUCUUGCUUGAUGCCUCCAAUAAAGCUUUGUCUUGGGAAAAUGAA